CCUCCAGCCAAAAAAAAUAAAAAUAAAAGAACGGUAAAUUUCACUAAUCCGGUUAUCAACAUGCAUCGGUCCACCAUUCUGUGCGCCCUCAGCGCCAUCGUUUCCCUAGCUUACGCUGGUGACUUUUCCAAGUCUUGCGGUAACAUUUCAUUUCGAUCAACGUCCAUAAGCGCCAGCUGCGACGACAGCUUUGGUGACUCUGUCGGGACCAAUAUCGACUUGACCAGAUGUCUAGCAAAUGUUGGCGGGAGACUUGUGUGCCGGCCAUCCAACCCUUCGUUCAAGUUCUGCGACUGCGGUCUCGCUGGUGACCGUAGCGUGCUUAAUUGCCGAUGCACCGACAGCACGGGCACGAAGAAACCCACUUCAAUCGAUCUCGACUCAUGCUUGACCAACGAUGGGGGCGACCUUGAAUGCUGAUGAGUACAUGUUACUGUUGGAAUCGGAAUCAGCUUCAUGUCGGAUCUCGUCCGAACAAAUCCGGACCCGACAGGUCACGGAGCAAUCACCGGCCCUAGCCCACCGGCCCUUGCAGUAUUUGACUUUUGGGCGCAAUAGAAUAACAAUAAGAACAAAAACUCAUAAAUUCCACGAGACAUUCG